UCUUUUCAUUAUUUUUUUUAACGUUUCAUUUUUCUUUUCGUGCUUGAGAGAGAGAGAGAGAGGCUCGCCGGAAUUCCGGUCAUGGUCUCCACCAGGCGGAGCGGAUCCCUGUCCAACUCCGGCGGAAGCGCCGGGAAGCGUCCCCCCUCUCCGACUCCCGGUGCCUCAUCGCCGGAGAACCCUCACCCUCCAUCCAAACGCUCCAAGGGGGAAGCAGCUGCCAGAGACAGACAAGCGGCGUCUCUCGCUGGCGGUAACCGGGAAUUGGCUGCUCAGACGGGCGAUUGUGCAGAACGCGCUUCCGCCGAUCCGGCGUCGGCGCCCGGCGAGGGGGAGAGCUCCCGAUCUGAGCCAGCCGCCAAGAACGAUGGCGCGACACAGAAGGCUGGUGCUCCGGUGGCUCCUUCAGCGGAAGGCUGUGGAGCGUCGCCGAUGGUCGAUAAAAUGAAGUCCUCGCUGAAGACGUGGUGCUCGUACCAGAAGAGAAACUCGGGCGCUUCGCAUGCGUGGGGCAAACUCAUUUCUCAGUAUCCGGAGAAUCCUCACGUUUCCCUUUGUGGCUCGGUCUUUACAAUUGGUGGGACGAGAAGCUGCAAUUUGUCCUUGCGUGAUCCAUCCAUUAGCAGCGUCGUGUGCAAAAUCAAACUCUUGCAGGAUGAUGACACUAUGCUAGUUGUACUGGAGAGCUCAGAGAGCAAGGGAGCUGUCCUAGUAAAUGGCAAACCCAUCAGGAAGAAUUCCAGUGUUCUAAUAAAUGCAGGAGAUGAACUCACUUUUAGUAGACCUAGUCGCCAUGCAUACAUUUUCCAGCAAAUUUCAAGCGAAAACCCGUCAGCAGCUUCAGCUCCUUCAGGUGGUUUGGGAGAAGGUCAUAACAAAGGUUUGCAACUUGAAGCUAGGACCAAGGACCCUUCAGAUGUAGCAGGUGCAUCCAUAUUGGCGUCUUUAUCCAACCUUGCACAGGAUCUAUCUGAUUCAUCUGUUCAUAAAAAUGGUGCUGAACCCCAGCUUGAACCUAAAAGGUCUUCACCACCACCCACUUGUACGCCAUUUGCAAAAUAUCCCCUGGUAGUGGAUGAUUGUGGAAGGAAGUCAACCUCUGAUGAGGAAUUUGACUCUCUGGUUCCACCUCCUGAUGACAAAGCUGAAAUGUUACCAGAAUCUGAAAGUGAACCACACAUUGAUCUGGAGAACAUGGGUCCAGAGACAGGAAGUAGAACUGAUAAUGUGAAAUUUUCUGGUAUUAAUGAUUCAUUAAGGCCCAUCCUUAAGAUGUUAACUGGUGUGGCUGGUGACCUGGAUUUGAGUAGAAGCUUAUUUAAUCUUGUAGCUGAAGAAAGAGGCGUACUAGCUUCUCAGGCACCGUUAGGUGCAGGUUCUGCUAACAGAUUCCAAGCAUUUAAGGAACAAUUGCUCGCUAGAGUGCUUGAUGCUACAGAAAGUGAUGUAUCAUUUGACAACUUCCCAUACUAUUUGAGUGAGGCCACAAAAAAUGUUCUGGUUGCUUCAACAUUUAUCCAUUUGAAGCGGAAGGAGUUUUCAAAGUAUGCCUUAGAGCUUUCCACCAUAAGCCCACGGAUUUUGCUUUCUGGGCCUUCAGGAUCUGAUAUUUAUCAGGAGAUGUUGUCAAAGGCCCUUGCUAAUCACUUUGGAGCCAGGUUGCUCAUAUUUGAUGCAAACUCGGUGCUGGGUGGUGUUUCGUCAAAAGACAUGGACAGUAUAAAGGAAGGACCCAGAGCAGACAAAUCCUGUACUUGUGUGAAGCAACGGUCUGGGCAUUCUGAUGCAACAAAAGGAACUGCUGUACCAGGUUCCGAUACUGACACAACUGGCUCAGCAAGUGCAGCAACUGUUGCUGGUUUUCAAUCUCAAUUAAAACAGGAAUCAGCAGCUCCACCUGUUGGGUCAUCUAAGAACUGUCAUUUUAAAGCAGGUGACAAGGUAAAAUUUAUUGGUUUGCUACCAUCUGGAUACACAUCAACUCUCCAACCCCAAUCAAGGGGUCCUUCCUAUGGUUGUCGAGGUAAAGUGCUACUGCCAUUCGAGGAAAACAGUUCCUCCAAAAUCGGUGUGCGGUUUGAUAAGCCCAUUUCAGAGGGUAAUAACCUUGGUGGAAUAUGUGAAGAAGGUCAUGGAUUCUUUUGCAAUGUUAAUGAUCUCCGUUUGGAGAUUUCUGCUGGUGAGGAUAUGGAAAGAUUGGCAAUUGAGACAUUAUUUGAGGUUGUGGCUAGUGAGAGCAACAAAGGACCUUUUAUAUUGUUUAUGAAAGAUGUUGAGAAGUCCAUUGCUGGCAACACAGAAUCUUAUGCAGCUUUCAAAAGCAAACUUGAAACCUUACCUGACAAUGUUGUGGUAGUUGGUUCUCAUACCCAGCUUGAUAAUCGAAAGGAAAAGUCGCAUCCUGGAGGCCUCCUUUUCACCAAGUUUGGGAACAAUCAAACUGCUUUGCUGGACUUUGCUUUCCCGGAUAGUUUUGGCAGGUUGCAUGAUAGAGGCAAAGAAAUUCCAAAGACAAUAAAACUGCUGGCAAAGCUUUUUCCAAAUAAAAUUACCAUACAGUUGCCACAGGAUGAGGCUCUUCUUGUGGAUUGGAAACAGCAGCUCGAUCGAGAUGUUGAAACCCUUAAAGCAAAGGGCAAUCUUGUCCAUAUCUGUUCAGUCUUAACACGAAACAAUUUGGAAUGCAAUGACUUGGAAGCAUUAUGCAUCAAGGAUCAGACAUUGACCAGUGAAAGUGCAGAGAAGAUUGUUGGAUGGGCCCUCAGUUACCAUCUAAUGAAAAAUCCUGAUAUUGAGGCAAAAGUUACGAAGAUCACUAUAUCAAGCGAGAGUAUUUUGUAUGGGCUUGAAAUCUUGCAGAAUAUUCAAACUGAAACAAAAAGCUUAAAGAAGUCCCUUAAGGAUGUUGUCACGGAGAAUGAAUUUGAGAAGAGACUUUUAGCUGACGUUAUACCACCAAAUGACAUUGGAGUCUCAUUUGAUGAUAUUGGAGCUCUCGAAAAUGUCAAAGAUACGCUGAAAGAGUUGGUGAUGCUUCCUUUGCAAAGGCCGGAACUUUUUCGCAAGGGGCAACUGACAAAGCCUUGCAAGGGUAUUCUUUUAUUUGGCCCCCCAGGCACAGGGAAGACGAUGCUUGCGAAAGCUGUUGCCACUGAAUCUGGUGCAAAUUUUAUCAAUAUUUCCAUGUCAAGCAUCACAUCUAAGUGGUUUGGUGAGGGUGAAAAAUACGUCAAAGCUGUGUUCUCACUCGCCAGCAAAAUUGCUCCUAGCAUUAUAUUUGUUGAUGAGGUGGACAGUCUGCUUGGACGGCGGGAAAAUCCUAGUGAACAUGAAGCCAUGCGGAAGAUGAAAAAUGAGUUUAUGGUGAAUUGGGAUGGAUUGCGCACAAAAGAUAAAGAGCGUGUAAUGGUUCUGGCUGCUACAAACAGGCCUUUUGAUCUUGAUGAAGCUGUUAUUAGAAGGCUUCCACGAAGAUUAAUGGUGAACUUGCCAGAUGCACCAAAUAGAUCCAAGAUACUAAAGGUGAUACUGGUCAAAGAAGAGUUAGCACCAGAUGUUGAUUUUGAAACACUUGCAACUAUGACGCAAGGAUAUUCUGGAAGUGAUCUGAAGAACCUCUGUGUUACAGCUGCACAUUGUCCUAUCCGGGAACUGUUAGAGAAGGAGAAAAAGGAGAAGGCGUUAGCACUGGCCGAAGGUAGGCCAACUCCCAAACUAAGCAGUGGUGCAGAUAUACGUCCUCUAAACAUGGACGAUUUCAAAUAUGCCCAUGAACAGGUUUGUGCCAGUGUAUCGUCAGAAUCAGCAAAUAUGAGUGAGCUGCUACAGUGGAAUGAACUGUACGGGGAAGGGGGAUCAAGAAAGAAGACUUCUCUACCCUAUUUCAUGUAAAUGUAUAGAUGAGCCUGUACUUCUUACCAUCAGCAUCAUCAUCCUCCAGUCUCUGCUGGCUUGCACAGGCUGCAUCGGGUUGAUAACAUUGCCCAGAUUGGAGAGAGAUUGAGCACGUUUUAUGUUAAUGUACAUGUAUCACAUAUCCUUGUAACAUAUAUUCACUUGCAUUGGCCCUUCUGUAAUCUAUUCUUAUUGUCUCGGCUAUGUAAUCAAAUAUCAUUUUGGUAGAA